AUGGAAAAGAACUUGAUCAUUAACGUCACGUGCAACCCGCCCAACAUCUCUAUUCUGGGUCCCGUGAAGGAGAGUACUAUUGAGAAACUCAACGAGGUAUUGCCUGGCUCGUGCACGACGACCAACACCGGGAAAGUUCCUUUUGCGUUUGUGCGGAAGGAGGAGCCGCCACACUGGUACGGCGAGCUGCAGACACACUUCGCCAGUGAGGACAUUGGCCAGUCGCAGCUCUUUGUUGCGCUUCUCGAUGCGGUGGACGAGGAGGGCGGUUGGAAGCUGUGCGGAAGUAACGCCACCAACCAAGACUAUGAUAAAACCACGCAUAAAUUUUUCUUUGUCCGUGCGUAG